GCUGUGAUGCGGUUGGAUCAUUCUGAAAAAUACUCUACUUAGACUACUAGUAACUACGUCUACGAUUAAGCCCUUGUGUGUUGGAGGCGGAGUGACCAUGUGAUACAGGAACGAGGGACGUGAGGAUGGACGCACUCAUCAUGACUCGUCCAGAUGUACCUGUACAACCCCAUCUUCGAUGACACUGUGAUGUAUCACAAGCCCCAUCACGGGGACAUCGCGUAUGAAAGCUCAUACAGUGAUCAUGAUCCGGGAUCAGUGAUAAAGGCCCAUCAUUAUUCACAUUGUGGAAACGGAUUGUUUGACUACGAGUACAGGAUGCAGGACAUUAAUCGAGACUUACAGGACGCUCUUCACAUGCCGUCACAGACGCACAUGUCACAGGCGAUGGAAGUGGCUAUUCCAACAGAACAAGCAGCACACAUGUAUGGUGCACCAUGUGGGGGGAUGUACAGCAACGGCACUCGCCUCCACAGCCCUGGUGGCUUCACAGACUUGAGUCCAACGGGCUCACCCCCUCCUCCACCCCGAGUCUACAAGCCGUGUGUCGUCUGCAAUGACCGCUCAUCAGGAUAUCAUUAUGGAGUCAGUUCAUGUGAGGGAUGCAAGGGUUUUUUCCGUCGAAGUGUUCAGAAGAAUAUGCAGUAUACGUGCCACAAGGAGAAGACGUGUGUCAUCAACAAGGUGACACGUAAUCGCUGUCAGUAUUGUCGCCUCAUGAAAUGCUUUGCCAAGGGGAUGUCCAAAGAUGGUAGGUGCCCUACGACUUCUGAAAAAAAAGCCGUGCGAAAUGACAGAAACAAGAAACGAAAACAAAAGCCCGACUCAUGUGCGUCGUCACAUUCAGUUGAGGAUCUGACGGAGGACGAACUUGGGCUCAUUAGCAUAUUGGAGCAGGCUCACACGGAGACGUUUCCGAUGGAAUGUAACGAUGAGAGGUAUAACCUGGGUCCACUCCAGGAAGGUGAUGAGUUAAUCCUAUGGGAGAGAGUCUACGAAUUGUCAACUGCUGGCAUUGUGUGUAUUGUGAACUUUGCCAAGCGAGUGCCCGGUUUCUUGAGUCUCAGCAACUCAGAUCAGAUCACUUUACUCAAGUCUGCUUGUUUAGAAAUAAUAAUUUUGCGUCUUAGUUCCCGGUUCAAUGAAGUAGACAGCACCAUCUCCUUCUCAAAUGGUUUGACUCUCAACAGAGAGCAGCUCCAGUGUGGUGGGUUUGGUGUCAUCACGGAGACCAUCUUUAACUUCGCUGCCUCCAUGAAACAGUUAAACGUGGAUGAUACAGAGUAUGCGUUAUUGUCGGCUGUUUGUUUAAUAAGUGGAGAUCGGUCGGGACUUGAAUCGAGUGAGCGGAUUGAACAUAUGCAAGAACCGAUCCUGGCGGCGCUCAAUCAUUACGUCAAACAACAACAUCCACGACAGUCACAUAUAUUCGCUAAAGUUCUCAUGAAGUUGACAGAUCUUCGUAGUAUAAGUGUUGCAGGUGCUAAGACAGUAUUGAGCAUGCAGAAUGAGAUGUCACCUCUCAUACGCGAGAUGCUCGAUCGGAAAGAGAAUGUACAAAUCCCGCCAAUCCCGGUUAAACAGGAACAGAUGACGCAACUGUAACCGCUGCCUGGCCACGUUUGACCGUGAUAUAUGCUGAAGAGACAAAGCAAUGCUGGGAUUGCGAACAUCCGGUGAUAUGCUGGAGUGGUGUUAGUCUGAUUUGACGCUUGAUGAGAAAGUGGAAAAGGUUCCUUUCAUAUUUGGUUCAGCUAGGAACGUGUGUGAACAUUACUUGAAGUCUGGAAUAUGGCCGAGCACUUUCAUUGGUGACAGGCCACAACUUUGAAAUAAAUGGCUGCUACUUCUUGCAGACGUUCAUCCUAAAAGUGAAGUUCGACCAACCAUUUUGAAAUGGCCAAGGAAUUGGAAGUUUCUCGCUGGGGAUCAAUGGACAGACUCCAAGUUUGCAAAGACUGAAAGAGAUGUGCGUGUUAAAGACUUUGCAUUAUUAACGAUUUUACGUUAGAGACUUUAUAAAAUGUAUUACCUGAGGCCAUUUGUGCGCAUAAUAUGUUUGAAAAUGGGAAAGAAAGCCAUGAGAUGGGACUUACUAUAUUUGAUAUUAGACUACAAUGUGGCUAAGGUUGCAUGUUCUCCUCAAGUUCCUACAUGUCUCACAGAAGGACAGUGCCAUGGCAAUAGUGGCUCUAAGGGAUGUUGACAUGUUUAUGUCUGAGGAAUGUCGGUGUCAUUUCCGAACUCCAAUAGCCCAAGUAGUCUGUGAGAUCAAGAAUACCUCAUGAUGUCAACAAGCCAGGUUUGCCAGUCGGCUGAAUGACUCCUGCUCUAUGCUGUUGAUACACACACCUUGAUUGCUGUAUCUGUCUAAGUCCCGUCCGUCUGCUCGACUCCUUACAGGUGUAAAACCUGCCCCUUCAGGGCCGACCAUGUGAAUGUAGUACAUGUAGUAAUUUCAUUGGGCAUUUAUUUCUACUGGAAUGACAUGUAUAUAGAAACAUUAUAACAAUGUAUAUAUCGAACACACCACAAGAGUUAACUUUAAAGAGGCUUGUGUCGAUACCCAGCCGUGGGACAAUUCUUCAGAAAAGAUUUGUAAAAAUCUCCUGACAUAACCAUUCACUGGAAUGCUCUUUAAAGGUGAAAUCUCAAAAUGCUACUUUUGUAAUAUUUGCUGCUUUCUAGGCUCAUAAUGACAUGCUUCUUGACGCAUUUGCUGUGUGCGAUGUAAAUGCUUCUAACUUAUUCAAAAAGAGCUCUCGAAUGUUUAUGUCUGCGGUGAAAAUGUUUUUAUAAAUGGCCUUCUUUUAUUGAGGCAGCGUAAUUGAAUGAUGAAUUGCAAGUGUUUAGUCCGCUCGAUUCAAAGAUUUGAUUUGGUCAUGUGACAUGAUCCUCAUCAGCUCGAGCUCAGGCUUUCUAGAUUACAAAUUCAUUUGAAGGGACAUCAAGUCAUAAACUUCAAUAGGAAGAUAAUGAUGUUAUGCCUGACUGCACAAACCUACUGCCAGAGCAUAGGUGUAUUUAGAUGAAGUUCAGGGUAUAACACGCCCUGGUUUUAUAUGAAUGAACAGUAUGUAGUGAAUUGUAUACUUUAUAUUGCGUAGGUUUAGAAACGAAUGCAUUGAUCGUCCCGGUAUAUUGUCUUCAUAUGAAUUAUACACUCGGAGUAAAUCCACUUUUAAAAUGUGGGAUUUUUUUACUUUCGGGGUUGUGACGUAUCACAAAAGAAAACAAGAUUUCUGAAAGAGCAGUGAUAUUCCUGUUUGGUGUACCCCAUCAUUGUUUAUCCCUUGCUGCUAAGUCAAUAUCAACUUCAUAGGUUGAGCAACAAAGGUUCUGUUUACAUUUCCCAAUUGUUUGGAGAUAAGCUGCUAACUGGUGGUGCCUCCUGGCUCUAUAGUGGGGAACUAUUCCUUGACCAUGUUGCACAUCUGCUCUUGUCCUAUAAUAAUCUAGUUCAGUCAUUUUUUUGCUUCGAUUAUUUUGAUUGGCUGCCGGUGAUUGUUGAAUAAAUGAUAUUAUUAUAUAGGAGUUGUGAUAACGUUACCAAGAUAAGCUGUUGCACCAGUCGUGGGUCAGAUGCUGUUACAGACCCUGUCAUGGGGGUUGAUCCUCACUUCAAGAAUCUAGUUGGUCUAAUGAAUGUAACCUCAGGUAUUUCCUUCUGUAUGUCUUUCAAAAAACAAGGAAUUUGUGUUGUAUAAAUGUAAUAGCAUCAUGUGAGACUGAAAUGGAGAGGCCAGUUAUUGGAGCUGGCGUCGGGCCAAUGUUUGAAUUCAGCUACAGACCUGUCUUCACCGAUUAUGUUGUGUAAUCUGAGUGAUGACUAUGUGGAUGGCUGACCACAGUUCUAGAUGUGUAGAGGAGGUCUUCAGUCUUGAAUCGACCAAUCAAAAAAGAAUUUAUGUAGGUCAAGGUCUGACAUUGUGACAUUUUCUACCUCAACAACCUCAACUCAAAACUUUCAUAUUUGUUUUUAUAAAAUCUUCAGUUUUCUGUCUACUCAUCAAAAUGGCUGAUUGUAAAUAGAUGAUUUAGAAUUUAAUGAAUUAUGUCUUGAAUAUGAAUGAUAGGGCCUGUCUCGCCAAACAGCCAUGGUAGGUGGUUUACACAUCAGUCAUUGCUCGUGUGUUCAUGCUGAUGUAAACAAUAAGGACCAUAUGUGUCUCUUCGACUGACAAAAUGACAUCAUCUGCUGAGGCCUGCUGCUCCAAGAGUGUCAACAGGUUUGGGGAAGGUAAAUAGUUGGUUUAAUAUUGGAUUAACUGCCAUGGCUGUUGUUAAAUUUGAUUGACACCUGUCAAUUUGUCAAUCAGUGACUUGCCUAAUUGUGAAGGGUGAGAUGGGCUGUAGUUUGUGAAUGCUGACUAUUAACCCCUGUGACUUUUGCAUUUCCGGUGGAGAUAUUACUAUUUUUAGGAUUAUAGCAGGUAGUUUGGCAUGAAUUUAUAGUAUGUAACAAAUUUUGUGGAUUUUUUAUUUCAAGAAUGAUGUUUUGUCCAAACUUCCCAUGAUCCAUGGUUUCCCCUCAAGUCCUCAGGGUCGGAGAUUGUUUCAUGGUUUUGAAAUUCUAUAAGAUGUUAAAGGAGAUAUUGUUCCAGUUGUGAGACUUGGGGAGGAUUGACCAUUGGGUGGUUUCGGGAUACAUGUUUUCUCACCACAUGCCACAGUCUUGUUCGAGAGCCAGAAUAGUGCAAGACAUGACUGAUGGUGCCCUCUCUUGCCAUCUGCAGGAAACAGAAAGUCUCCCUUAAGUUAGAUAUUGUCAAAACCUAUUGAUGUGACCAUUCAUUUACAAGCUCUCGAUGAGCACUUUCUUGUGGUACCAUUAAUAAACCUAUUGAAAUGAUCAUUGACGAUUGGUUGGAAUGCACUUCAUAUUGAGUUUGAAGUAAAAAACGUGGCAUUUGGUGGGAAAGAGAAAAAAGCAUGAUGUGCUAGACUUUGAUUAGUGCUGUUUGAUGAAAUUGUAGUUGAUGUAUAGUCCAUAGACUUUAUAUUAUAGGGUUAGAGUUGAAAUGCUUCUGUGUGCUAGAGUUAGUGAACAGUCUGGAAAGACAGCGAUUCAAAGAUUCAGUUGUCCAUUUGGUUGAUAUAGGCUUUUCAAAAGAGAAAUAUUUGGUGAAAUGACAAACAGAAAUCAAGAAGUCAUGUUUCCAGUCUUAUUCCUGACCUAGUGACGCAUGUUGUCAUCGUGGAUAUUUGACCUGGGUUGCUAAUUUGGAUGUGGGUUCUCGACUGCCUGAAGUCAGUUGACCUCCAGCGUCUUGUCUCUGUUGCUGAAGUCUUUCCUGGCAACAUUCAACCAUAGGCAUGGCACAAUGAUCAAGGAGAAGAGAUCUGUCUCAGAAAAGAAGGUUUACUGGGAAAAGUAGACUUUUGAAAUAUUGCAUCGCUGUGUUUCUUGGCCAUGUGACGUGUAAACACCUAAGGUGAAAUGUUUUAUAUGUCAAUGCACAGGUUAUGGUAUGUGCUAAAUUGUAUUGACUGUAAUGUAAGAAUGGAGAUCUCUGACUUUGAUAAUACCCCAUACUGGGCCCACGCCACUGUAGUGUUGAAGGAGAGCCAAUCCAUGACCAUUUCCAAGCUUGAAUUAUUCACAUCCAUAAACAGAACUUCAUCAAACAUUGGGCUGGCCUAGUAUGAUGUAUAAUCAGAAGGAAGGGAUCUCAUUGCAUACAUUCACAGUAUUAGUGUGCUACAUCAUCAACAUGUCAUCUCAUUAUUAUCAUAUGCCUCACCUGAUAUGAACAGACUGUUUCAGGAAGCGAGGUGAAUAAACAUUUUUACAUCUUA